GAGCUUGGCCGUUUUCGUUGGCAAGUGGCUUGCUGGCGGAUUGCUUGCAAUCUUAGCGUGGCUUCGACAACAGCAGGCCACAGGGCGAUGCCAGCUGCAGGGAGGUGAGGGAGGACGGGAGCAGACCUGGCUCGCAUCCUUUGUUUAAAAGGGAUCAGCUGGUGUCUCUCCUUUGUCUGGGCUUCCUCCUCUGCUCACCAGUCGCUCAUUCGCACAUUCGCUUCUCCAGGACCUCUUAAGACCGUCACCUGUCACUCCUUUCCAAACCCCCGUCCAACGACGUCUUGUUUUCCCCCUUGCUAGACUCCUCGUCGACCACCCCAACCGUUCGCCAUGUCCGCCCCCGUCAAGACCGAGCCUACCGUCGCCGCCGCCCCGGCUGGCGGCGCGGCCCAGAACUCGACUGGUCCCAUCAACGACCGCGACGUCAACGAGUGGAAGGACCGCCUGAACGUGGUGCUCGCCAAGCCCAGCGAGGUGAUCAACUCCAAGUCUCCCGAGGGCGCCCAGCCCUGGAGCGUGCCCUUCUUCGGCUGCUUCAGCCCCAUCGACCUCUGCCUCAUCACCUGGUGCCUGCCCUGCGUCACCUUUGGCAAGACGCAUCACCGCAUGCAUCGUGACGUCGAGCUCCAGGGAUACGAGCCCAUCAACACCUCGUGCCUUCUCCUCUGCGCCUCUGCCGCCGUCGGUCUGGCCGUCAUCCCUGUCACGAUGCAGAGGGCCGACAUCCGCCAGAGGUACAACCUGGAGGGAAGCUGCAUCACCGACAUCGCCGUGGCUUGCUGCUGCGGCAUCUGCGAUCUCGUUCAGCAGGACAAGGAGGUCGCUCACCGCGAGCCCCUGCUCGCGGGCGGCGCUGGCUCCAAGGGCCAGUACCAGUCCGAGGCUGGCAUGUCGUACCAGCCCCAGGCCCCGGCUUCGUAAGGGGCGCAGGUGUGCGGGCGGACGAUGACGAGAAAGCACGGGAGCGGUCAAGGUUGUCGGUGUUGUAAUGCUGUCGUUUGCCUAUGUUGUUGUUGGUCGCUGGAUACCUGUGUUUGGCUGUUUCUUUUGCCCUGAAGCUUCCUGGAGCUCGACACGGCAUCCGGAUGAACAUUCCCCAAUAUUUCUUGUGUGCGUGUAUCGGGAAAAGGACAGGCCGAGCAAGCCAGUAUGGGCGGGGUGGAAUGGGGCCGUCCGAAGAGGACGGAGCGUGGCCUCAGCGUUGGACGAUCGAUGAUGGGUGUUCAUCUUGUUUUUUGUUUUUGUUUUUUGUGUUUCGAAGUCGGUUGAUACCACGUUGCCGAGAAAACUAGCCAAUCAAGUGAAUUUGCAUUUGUGUGUUGAGUCCUGAAGCUCUGUCUCAGUCAAUGGCAUGAAUCCCAUUGCCCCCCGUCCUCGUCUCCUAGAGUCUACGCAACACGUCAUCGC